AUGGGCGGACUGCUCAUCCGCAUCCUAGAUCGAGUCGCCCAGGAGACUGGGAUCGAAGUCGAGUAUCUUGAGAAUCGGCCAGGUGUAGGGAUCGGCGUCGCGCACAACUGGUUUGCCGAUCUCCACGACGGCUACGCUGAUGCAACCUUCGCCUUUAAUAGUGACACCAUCCAGGUAUGGUCAAACACGUCCGUGUUCGGGACGGUUCCUCUCGCAUCCACGUACUGGGUCAUGGUGGUGGCCAAGAGAAUUGCUGCUCAGUCCUUUUGGCUCUUCAUCGAGCCAUUUGAGACCUCGCUGUGGCUGGCCAUCGCCGGCGUGGUGACGGCGUCGGCGGUGGCGAUGCGCGUGUUCGAGCACAAGCGGCUUGUGAGGAGCACAAAAAGUGUGUUCCUCAAGGCGGAACGGAGUCAGAUCACGGCUCGCACUUCGCGGCCGCCACUUCGUUUCCUUGGCAAGCUGUGCCACAAUCUUUACAGCGCGUCGGCCUUUGCCCUUGGUGGAGAAGAUCAGGAGUGGACGUCAUGGCCGGCGCGCCUCUUCCGGCUCGCACUGCUGCUCUUCUUCUACAUCAUAGCGGCUGUCUAUACCGGCAAUCUCGCCAACCUCUUUAUCCGCCCCACCGAGGAGAUCCUCGGCCCAACAUCUCGGCAGCAGCUAAAGACCAAGACCGGCUGCAUCCCUUGGUGGAACUGGGCGCCUGUGAUCCGGCCCUUUGUGGGCCACCUCAUGGGGCCGUUCAUGGAUGACCCCUCAGCAUGCCUCGCAGACUGCGAGCAGGUUCGUGUCGAUUAUUGCGAUCGAGCGCUCGAUGACGGAACGGCGGACGCCUUGAUCUACAUCCAAGCACAACUCCAGCUCCAUUCGCUGCGUCACUGCAACACGCGCCACCUCGUGCCGUCCGUCAACAUUGUCCCGAUGGAUUGGGCGCUGUUCAUGGACGAUCGACGAGCGGACAAUCGGGCGCUCGCAAACAACCUGUCGAAGGCCAUCAAGUGGUUCGACUCCUACGGCUUGGGAGACACGUGUCCGAGCAGCGCCAACAGCGAGAAGAUCUCGCUCGCGAGCAUGUCCGGGCUCUUCAUCCUCGUGGGUGCGAUCGCAGCAUUUGCAGUCGGCAGCGCCGUGCUCAACGAUUUUCUGGCGCCAGCGGGGAUCAGGACCAUUCGAAAGUUUUCCGUGCAACGCUCGCGGAGUAGGCGCUCGCCCGACAUCGCCUCCACCUUUACCUCCUCUACAGCCGCCUCCGCCAGGGAUGAGACGUGA